AUGAGUGGAUCUGGUUGGGAAUGGGUUUCGACGGAUGGGGAGGUGAAGGAGGGUGGCCGACGAGGGAGAAGACGUGUUUUUGGCAUAAACGGAAGUGCAAUCCUUAAGGUGAGGAGAGCGUCUCCCACAAUAGUCGCAAUUAUACACCAAAAUUUACCAUCGAGCAGGUGGGGUUUAGAGGCUAUUAGUGGUGUCCAUAACCAUGAAAUAGCAAACCAUAUUGAGGGCCACGAGUACCCGUCAAGGCUAAAACCAAUAGAGAAACAAUUUGUGGUCGACAUGGCCAACAGCAGCGCGCCUCGCGAGAUUCUUAAUAUUUUGAAGCAAAAAGACCCGUCAAACACUAUGGGAAUCAAGAGCGUUUAUAAUGCCAUUUUUGUAAACAAAGCAGCCAAACUGGACGGUCUAACUCCUAUUCAAUAUGUCAUAAGUCAAUUACUUAAGAAAGAUUACCUCCAUCAAUUUCUUACAAAUCCAUAUACCAACGAAAUCACAGAUAUUAUUUAG